AUGUCGGCCGAGGAGCUUCUUUCCAAGUUCGAUGAGGGAACUCAAGAGCUAACAAUUAAAGAAGAAUAUCAGUUAUGGCGUAAAAAUUGUCGUUAUAUGUAUGAGUUUGUAACGGAAACUGCAUUGACUUGGCCAUCUUUAACAGUUCAGUGGCUUCCUAAUCAUACUUCAAAUGAGGCGGAUGGGGUUAUUGAUUGUAAAUUAUUAUUGGGCACACAUACGUCGGGUGAGGAUGUGGAUUAUUUGAAGGUUGCACAAACCCAAUUACCAGCUAAUAAACUGCAGCAGGUAUCUGUAAAAUCAACGUCACCUACAAAUGGAAAGGAUGAUGCUACUAAAACAAAAGAUUCUAAAAGCGCACAUUCAUCCCGUGUAAAGAUUAUAAGGAAAUUCAAAAAUGGCGCGGAAAUCAAUAGAGCGAGGUAUAUGCCGCAAGACCUGCUGAUUGUUGCAACAAUCAAUGGUAAAGGAGAUAUCGACUUGUAUAAUAUAGAUAGCAGUAAGGAUAGCAGCAAUAGCAGUAUAGCUCAGUUUCAACCCCAUACUGACAAUGGAUAUGGGAUAUCCUGGAGUCCCUUCCAAAAGGGACAUCUUUUGUCCUCCUCAGAUGAUAAGUCUAUUGUCAUAACAGAUACGAAUACUAAAUUGGAAGUGUUUAAAAAUACCACUGCUAGCAAGGACAUAGUGAAUGAUUCCAAGUUUCAUCCAUUGCUGCAAAAUGUAUUCGGAACGGUGUCAGAGGAUAAAUUUGUACAUAUUUUCGACCUUAGGGUCAACGCAGACAAGCCUGUAUCGUCUUAUUACAGUGAGGAUUCCAAGGGUAUCAAUUCAUUAGCCUUUUCUCCAUUUUCAACAAAUUUGAUGGCCAUUGGGAAUACAAAUUCAAAUAUAUGCCUACUUGACAUAAGGAAGAUGUCUUCCAGCUCCUCAGAUGGGCUUUUACAUACUCUUAUGGGCCACAGUGCUAGUAUUACUUCACUUGAGUUUUCGCCUCACAAAGACGGGAUUUUGGCAUCUGGUUCUGAAGAUAGAAGACUAAUAUUGUGGGAUUUGAGUAAAACUGGAGAAGAGCAGACACAAGAAGAUGCAGAAGAUGGGUGUCCCGAAUUAUUCAUGAUGCACGCGGGGCAUACUGGCUCAGUUAUGGACUUGAACUGGUGUCCAUACAAAGAUUGGACAUUAGCAUCCGUUGCAGAUGAUAAUAUUGUUCAUUUAUGGGAAGUAGGGAAAAGUAUUUUAAAUGAUAAAGUAGAGAUUGAUAUAAAUGAAUUAGAAUAA